CCCCCCUCGCGCUGGUGUGUGGAGUCGGAGUCGGCGGCGGGUGGCGGCGCCUGGAACCUGGAGACCGACCCCCCCCCCCACCCCCGGUCCGGAAUGUACUGACUCCCCCUUCUCUGCUCUCCUCCCCUCUCCGCCCCCCUGCAGGAGGGAGGCGCCCCCGAGUCUCCCCUCCCGCGAGAGGGGCCGCGCAGGCCGGGCCGGGCGGAACAGCGGCAGCGGCGGCCGCGGGAGCCGAGCCUGCAACGAGGGACCGGCUGAAGCGCGCGGGAGGGAAGGAGGCGAGGGCUCCGCGGCGCUGGCGCCGCCGCCGCUGCCGCCGCUCGCGGGGCAGAGAUGGCGGCGGAGCGGGGAGCCCGGCGACUCCUCGGCACCUCCUCCUUCUGGCUCUGCUGCCUGCUGCUGCUCGGGCGCCCGGCGCCCGCCGCGGCCGCCAGGAGCGGCUCCCCGCCGCAGUCACCAGGAUCCAGCGUUCGAACAUUCACUCCAUUUUACUUUCUGGUAGAACCAGUGGACACACUCUCAGUUAGAGGCUCUUCUGUUAUAUUGAACUGUUCAGCAUAUUCUGAGCCUUCUCCAAAAAUUGAAUGGAAAAAAGAUGGGACUUUUUUAAACUUAGUAUCUGAUGACCGACGCCAGCUUCUCCCAGAUGGGUCUUUAUUUAUCAGCAAUGUGGUGCAUUCCAAACACAAUAAACCUGAUGAAGGUUAUUAUCAGUGUGUGGCCACUGUUGAGAGCCUUGGAACGAUUGUCAGCAGAACAGCUAAGCUCACAGUAGCAGGUCUUCCAAGAUUUGCUAGCCAACCAGAACCUUCUUCAGUUUAUGCUGGGAACAGUGCAGUUCUGAAUUGCGAAGUCAGUGUGGAUCUGGUCCCAUUUGUGAGGUGGGAACAGAACAGACAGCCUCUUCCUCUGGAUGAUAGAGUCAUCAAACUUCCAAGUGGGACACUGGUUGUGAGCAACGCCACUGAAGGAGACGGAGGGCUCUACCGCUGCACAGUUGAGAGCGGCGGGCCACCGAAGUAUAGCGAUGAAGCGGAGUUAAAAGUUCUUCCAGAUCCUGAGUUCACAUCAAACUUGGUAUUUCUGAAACAACCUUCUUCCUUAGUCAGAGUCCUUGGUCAGAAUGCAGUGUUGCCGUGUGUCGCUUCAGGACUUCCUCCUCCAGCCAUUAGAUGGAUGAAAAAUGAGAAGGCACUUGACCCAGAAAGCUCUGAAAAAUUGGCGUUGCUGGCAGGUGGUAGUCUGGAGAUCAGUGAUGUCACUGAGGAUGAUGCGGGGACUUACUUUUGUAUAGCUGAUAAUGGAAAUGAGACCGUUGAAGCUCAAGCAGAGCUUACAGUACAAGUCCAACCAGAAUUCUUGAAACAGCCGACGAAUAUAUAUGCUCAUGAGUCCAUGGAUAUCGUAUUCGAAUGUGAAGUGACUGGGAAACCGACUCCAACCGUGAAGUGGGUCAAGAAUGGAGAUGUGGUUAUCCCAAGUGAUUACUUUAAGAUUGUAAAGGAACAUAAUCUUCAAGUUUUGGGUCUGGUGAAAUCAGAUGAAGGGUUCUACCAAUGCAUUGCUGAGAAUGAUGUUGGAAAUGUACAAGCUGGAGCCCAACUGAUAAUCCUUGAACAUGAUGUUGCCAUCCCAACAUUACCUCCCACUUCACUGACCAGUGCCACUACUGACCAUCUAGCACCAGCCACAACGGGACCACUGCCUUCAGCUCCUCGGGAUGUCGUGGCCUCGCUGGUCUCUACCCGCUUCAUCAAAUUGACAUGGCGGACACCUGCAUCAGAUCCUCACGGGGACAACCUUACCUAUUCUGUCUUCUACACCAAGGAAGGGAUUGUUAGGGAACGUGUUGAGAAUACCAGUCGCCCGGGAGAAAUGCAGGUGACCAUUCAAAACCUAAUGCCAGCCACUGUGUACAUCUUUAGAGUUAUGGCUCAAAAUAAACAUGGCUCCGGAGAAAGUUCAGCUCCACUCCGAGUAGAAACACAGCCUGAGGUUCAGCUUCCUGGCCCAGCACCUAACAUCCGAGCACAUGCAGCUUCACCUACGUCCAUCACUGUCACCUGGGAAACACCUCUGUCUGGCAAUGGGGAAAUUCAGAAUUACAAAUUGUACUACAUGGAAAAAGGGACUGAUAAAGAACAGGAUGUUGAUGUUUCAAGUCACUCCCAUACUGUUAAUGGGUUGAAAAAAUACACAGAGUAUAGUUUCCGAGUGGUGGCUUACAACAAACAUGGUCCUGGAGUCUCCACACAAGAUGUUGCUGUUCGAACAUUGUCAGAUGUUCCCAGUGCUGCUCCUCAGAAUCUGUCCUUAGAAGUAAGAAAUUCAAAGAGUAUUGUGAUUCACUGGCAGCCACCUCCUCCAGCCACACAGAAUGGUCAGAUUACUGGCUACAAGAUUCGCUACCGAAAGGCCUCCCGAAAGAGUGACGUCACUGAGACCUUGGUACCUGGGACACAGCUCUCUCAGCUGAUUGAAGGUCUUGAUCGGGGAACUGAAUAUAAUUUCAGAGUGGCUGCUCUAACCAUCAAUGGCACAGGCCCGGCUACUGACUGGCUGUCUGCUGAAACUUUUGAAAGUGAUUUAGAUGAAACUCGUGUUCCUGAAGUGCCUAGUUCUCUUCACGUCCGACCACUUGUCACUAGCAUUGUAGUAAGCUGGACUCCUCCAGAGAAUCAGAACAUUGUGGUCAGAGGUUAUGCCAUUGGUUAUGGCAUUGGCAGCCCUCAUGCCCAGACCAUCAAAGUGGACUAUAAACAACGAUAUUACACCAUCGAAAAUCUGGAUCCCAGCUCUCACUACGUGAUAACCCUGAAAGCCUUUAACAACGUGGGUGAAGGCAUCCCCCUGUACGAGAGCGCCGUGACCAGACCUCACACAGUGCCAGAUCCCACUCCCAUGAUGCCACCUGUGGGAGUUCAGGCUUCCAUUCUGAGUCAUGACACCAUAAGGAUCACAUGGGCAGACAACUCACUGCCCAAACACCAGAAGAUUACGGAUUCCCGGUACUACACAGUCCGAUGGAAAACCAACAUCCCAGCAAACACCAAGUACAAGAAUGCAAAUGCAACGACUUUAAGUUAUUUGGUGACUGGUUUAAAAGCAAAUACACUGUAUGAAUUCUCUGUGAUGGUGACCAAAGGUCGAAGAUCAAGCACAUGGAGUAUGACAGCCCAUGGGACCACCUUUGAAUUCGUUCCUACUUCUCCACCCAAGGACGUGACAGUUGUGAGUAAAGAGGGAAAACCUAGGACCAUAAUUGUAAAUUGGCAGCCUCCCUCAGAAGCCAAUGGCAAAAUUACAGGUUACAUCAUAUAUUACAGUACGGAUGUGAACGCAGAGAUACACGACUGGGUUAUUGAGCCUGUUGUGGGAAACAGGCUGACUCACCAGAUACAAGAGUUAACACUUGACACACCAUACUACUUUAAAAUCCAAGCCCGAAACUCAAAGGGCAUGGGACCCAUGUCUGAAGCCGUCCAAUUCAGAACACCUAAAGCGGACUCCUCUGAUAAAAUGCCUAAUGAUCAAGCCUCAGGGUCUGCAGGAAAAGGAAGCCGGCUUCCAGACCUAGGAUCUGACUACAAACCUCCAAUGAGUGGCAGUAACAGCCCACAUGGAAGCCCCACCUCUCCCCUGGACAGUAGCAUGCUGCUGGUCAUCAUUGUUUCUGUUGGCGUUGUCACCAUUGUGGUGGUUGUGGUCAUUGCUGUCUUUUGUACCAGGCGUACCACCUCUCACCAGAAAAAGAAACGAGCUGCUUGCAAAUCAGUGAAUGGUUCCCACAAGUACAAAGGGAACUCCAAAGAUGUCAAACCCCCAGACCUCUGGAUCCAUCAUGAGAGACUGGAGCUGAAACCCAUCGAUAAGUCUCCAGACCCAAAUCCCAUCAUGACUGAUACUCCAAUUCCUCGGAACUCUCAAGAUAUCACACCAGUUGACAAUUCCAUGGACAGCAACAUCCAUCAAAGGCGGAAUUCAUAUAGAGGGCAUGAGUCAGAGGACAGCAUGUCUACACUGGCUGGAAGGCGAGGAAUGAGACCAAAAAUGAUGAUGCCCUUUGACUCCCAGCCACCCCAACCUGUGAUUAGUGCCCAUCCCAUCCAUCCCCUCGAUAACCCUCACCAUCAUUUCCACUCCAGCAGCCUCGCUCCUCCAGCCCGCAGUCAUCUCUACCACCCGGGCAGCCCGUGGCCCGUUGGCACAUCCCUGUCCCUUUCAGACAGGGCCAAUUCCACAGAAUCCGUUCGAAAUACCCCCAGCACUGACACCAUGCCAGCCUCCUCGUCUCAAACAUGCUGUACUGAUCACCAGGAUCCUGAAGGUGCUACCAGUUCCUCUUACUUGGCCAGCUCCCAAGAGGAAGAUUCAGGCCAGAGUCUUCCUACAGCCCACGUUCGCCCUUCCCACCCAUUGAAGAGCUUUGCUGUGCCGGCAAUCCCGCCCCCAGGUCCUCCCACCUAUGAUCCCGCGUUGCCAAGCACACCAUUACUAUCCCAGCAAGCUCUGAACCAUCACAUUCACUCGGUGAAGACAGCCUCCAUUGGGACUUUAGGAAGGAGCCGGCCUCCUAUGCCAGUGGUGGUUCCCAGUGCCCCUGAAGUGCAGGAGACCACGAGGAUGCUGGAAGACUCCGAGAGUAGCUAUGAACCAGAUGAGCUGACCAAAGAGAUGGCCCACCUGGAAGGACUAAUGAAGGACCUAAACGCCAUCACGACAGCAUGACGACCUUCCCCAGGACAUGACUGCAGACCUGGGUCUAGAAGUCUUGGGACGGAGCCUGGAAAGCAAGGAUUGUACAGAGCACGUGAGGACAGCACUUGAGAACACAGAGCGAGCAAGCAGACCGGUCAGCGCCCCUGUGUGGGGCUGGCUCCGGGCAUGGCCACCUGCCUUCUCCUGGUCAGCCUGGAAGAAGCCUGUGUCGAGGCGGCUUCCCUUUGCCUGCCGACACCCUGCAGGACUGGGCACCAUGGGCCAAAAUUUUGUGUCCAGGGAAGAGGCAAGAAGUGCGAUGACCUACAUUUCACUUUGUGGUCAGGCUGUGUCUUCGUGCUGCGACUGCAUCGCCUCUAUGGAGUGUAGACAUUGGCAUUUAUGUACAAUUUUAUUUGUGUCCUAUUUUAUUUUACCUUCAAAAGAAAAACACUAUCAAAAACCAAGGGAGUCCAUGGUGUUCUCCACAAGUGGUUGACGUUUGACUGCUUGUUUGAAUUAUGUAUGGAAAGUCAUUGACAGUGUGGGUUGUUCCAGGGGUUGGCUUGUUUUUUGUUUUUGUUUUUAUUUUUGAAUUCCAAGUCAUUGCAUCCUCUACCAGCUGUUAAUCCAUCACUUUGAGGGGGGAGGAAAUGUUGCAUUGCUGUUUGUAAGCUUUUUUAUUAUUUUUUUAUUAUAAUUAUUAAAGGCCUGACUUUCUCCUCUCAUCACUGUGAGAUUACAGAUCUAUUUGAAUGAAAUGUAACAUUGAAAAGA